AUGGAUCAUGGGAAAACCGAAACCAUUGAGGUGGCUCGCGAGGAUCCUGAUACGGAGGAUGAAGCAGCCGGUGGGGACGAUCUACAGCAACAAGAGCCUUCGGAUGAAGAGGACAAUGGGAACCAGGAGGAGGCUGAAGCACAAGAUAGCGAUGGUGAAGAUGACAACGAUCCGUUCGACACGCACUUUACGAUCCCGAAGGAAGACGAGCUCGCCCAGAAGAUCAAGGCUAUUGGAGAAAACAAGUGGAAGAGCAACAAGAAGGAGCUCCCCGAUGGGCUGCGACUUGUGCGCUCGAUUCCUGAUACUGGGGACGAUGCGACCUGGCUACCCCCCAUGAAGCACGUUUCAAGCGUCAAGCUUAAGCGGAAACUGAAAGAGCCUGCCACGAACAACAUUCCCGAGAUUACUGGACAGGCGCAGCAUCUUGCGCCGUACAUCUUCGGCUACCAGGACGUCCUGUAUGGAGCCCGGACCGCAUCCAACUCGGCCCAGAUGCGCGACCUUCUGGCCCUCCACGCCACCAACCACGUGCUCAAGACUCGCGACCGCGUGCUAAAGAACAACGCCCGUUUGGCCAAGGAGCAAGACGCGGACCUCGAUGUGCGGGAUCAGGGCUUUACUCGGCCCAAGGUGCUCUAUCUACUGCCGACCAAGCAGGCCUGCGUGCGGGCCGUCGAGUCCAUCACGCGGUUCUUCCAGCCCGAGCAACAGGAGAACAAGAAGCGUCUGCUCGACACCUUCUCUGGCCCUGAAGACAAGUCGUGGGAGAGCAAGCCGGAGGACUUCCGCGACUUGUUCGGUGGCAACGACGAUGACAUGUUCCGCCUGGGCGUCAAAUUCACCCGCAAGACGGUCAAGUAUUUUGCGCAAUUCUACACCUCCGACAUGAUCCUAGCCAGUCCCCUCGGCCUGCGCACCAUCAUGGAUCAAGCAGAUGCGAAAAAACGGGACCACGAUUUCCUCUCGUCCAUUGAAGUGGUGAUUGUGGACCACGCAGAUGCGCUGCUCAUGCAGAACUGGGACCACAUCGACUACAUCCUCAAGCACCUCAACCUGCAACCCCGCGAGGCGCACGGAUGCGACUUUAGUCGCGUGCGGACGUGGUACCUGGACAACAACGCGCGGUAUGUGCGGCAGCUGAUCAUGCUGGCGUCGUUUGUGACCCCCGAGAUGAACUCGGUGUUCUCGACGCAGAUGCACAACACCUCGGGCAAAAUCAAGGCGACGCCGACGCACGUGGGCGCCAUCGCCGACGUGCCGCUCCCGGUCUCGGUCAAGCAGACCUUUUCCCGCUUCGACUGUCUCUCGCCGGCGAAAGACCCCGAUGCUCGGUUCAAGCACUUUACCACGACCGUGCUCUCCUCCCUCGUCCGCGACAUCACCUCCGGUCGCGGCAAGUCCAGCGCCGGUGGCACGCUGAUCUUCAUCCCCUCCUACCUCGACUUUGUACGGGUGCGCAACUACUUUGCCACCUCGGCGCAGACGACCAACGUCUCUUUCGGCGCCAUCUCGGAAUACACCGACGCGCGGGAUACAGGACGGGCGCGAUCACAUUUCAUGAACGGACGGCAGUCGGUGCUGCUGUACACGGAGCGUGUACACCACUUCCGGCGGUACCAGAUCCGGGGCGUGAAGCGCAUCAUCAUGUACGGGGUACCGGAGAACCCGACCUUCUACGGUGAGCUGGUCGGGUUCCUGGGGUUGGAUCCAGCGGGGGUGGUCGAGGCGGCUGAGGGAGGCGUGCGGGCCUUGUUCUCCAAGUGGGAUGCGCUGAAGCUGGAGCGGAUUGUGGGGAGUAAGCGCGUGGGCAAUAUGUUGCGUGAGAAGGGGGGGGAUACAUUCAGCUUCAUGUAG